AUGCCUUCGCACCAGCCCGUUGCCGGCAUGACGGCCAUCGACCCUCAGUACGUCUCGCAGCCAUCUCCCAUGGCGAGCACGUCUGAGCCGAACCGGAACUCGAAGUACGAUCCCAAGAAACCGCACAUUACAGAUCUCCCCAUCACGAGGGGAAACUGGUACAAGCACGUCAAUUGGCUCAAUGUCUUCUUCAUCGUCGGCAUUCCUUUGAUGGGCUGCGUCUACGCCUUCUGGACCCCGCUUCGCUGGCAGACGGCCAUCUGGGCUGUGAUCUACUACUUCUGGACCGGCCUCGGCAUCACAGCCGGCUACCACCGUCUCUGGGCGCACAAGUCUUACAACGCGUCUCUCCCGCUGAAGAUCUUCCUUGCCGCCGUCGGCGGUGGUGCCGUCGAGGGCUCUAUCCGCUGGUGGAGCCGUGACCACCGCGCCCACCACCGCUACACCGACACCACUAAGGACCCCUACAGCGUUCGCAAGGGCCUUCUGUACAGCCACUUCGGAUGGAUGCUCAUGAAGCAGAACCCGAAGCGCAUCGGUCGCACUGAUAUCACCGAUUUGAACGAGGAUCCGGUCGUUGUCUGGCAGCACAAGAACUACCUCAAGGUCGUCACCUUUAUGGGCCUGAUCUUCCCGACCAUGGUUGCUGGAUUCGGCUGGGGUGACUGGGUCGGUGGCUUCAUCUACGCUGGUAUCCUCCGCAUCUUCUUCGUCCAGCAGGCUACCUUCUGCGUCAACUCGCUCGCCCACUGGCUCGGUGACCAGCCCUUCGAUGACCGCAACAGCCCCAGGGAUCACGUCAUCACCGCGCUCGUAACCCUCGGUGAAGGUUACCACAACUUUCACCACGAAUUCCCCUCGGACUACCGCAACGCCAUCGAGUGGCACCAGUACGACCCCACCAAGUGGAGCAUCUGGCUUUGGAGCAAGCUCGGCCUUGCCUCCGACCUCAAGCAAUUCCGCUCUAACGAGAUCGAGAAGGGUCGUGUACAGCAGCUCCAGAAGAAGCUUGAUCAGAAGCGAGCCAAGCUUGACUGGGGUGUUCCUCUCGAGCAGCUCCCUGUCAUCGAGUGGGACGACUACGUUGAGCAGGCUAAGAACGGCCGUGGUCUCAUUGCUGUCGCUGGUAUCGUUCAUGAUGUUACCGACUUCAUCGCUGAGCACCCCGGUGGCAAAGCGCUGAUUGGUAGCGGUGUUGGCAAGGACGCCACCGCCAUGUUCAACGGUGGUGUCUACCUCCACUCUAACGGUGCGCACAACCUGCUCUCCACCAUGAGGGUCGGUGUCAUCCGAGGCGGAUGUGAGGUUGAGAUUUGGAAGCGCGCUCAGAAGGAGAACAAGGAUGUCCAGAUUGCAAAGGAUGAGAUGGGCAACCCAAUUAUCCGGGCUGGCAACCAGGCCACCAAGGUCCACCAGCCCAUCGUCAGCGCAAGCGCGGCAUGA